GCCUCUGGGAAACCGAGUCCACGCUCCAAACAAUUCAAGCUCCCAUUCCUUCUCUUCCACCGCUAACAAGAUGCCGGCCGUACAUCACAAACUGCUCCUGGAGGAAGCUUUGCAGGACAGUCCUCAGACUCGCUCCCUGCUCAGCGUGUUUGAGGAAGAUUCUGGGACGCUGACGGACUACACCAACCAGCUGCUGCAAUCGAUGCAGCGUGUGUUUGGAGCCCAGAGUGAGAUGGGAUUGGCCACGGAGCAGCUCUCACAGCAACUUCUGGAUUAUGAGAAGAAAAAUUUUGCCCUUGGAAAAGGUGAUGAAGAAGUAAUCGUCACGCUGCAGAACUUUGCCAAAACUGUAGGGGAGCUGAACUCGCUCCACUCUGAGCUAGCCAACCAGAUGGCUGACGGCAUGGUUUUCCCUUUGAUCCAGUUCAGAGAGAAAGACCUUACAGAGAUAAGCACACUGAAGGAAAUAUUCGGCAUCGCCACUGAUGAGCACGAGGCAGCGAUGGUCAAAUACAGCCGAUUGCCCAAGAAGAAGGAGAAUGAGAAGCUGAAGUCAGACUUGGUGAAGGAGGUGGCGUACACUCGGAGGAAGCAGCACCAAGGCUCUCUGCAGUAUUACUGUGCCCUCAACGCCCUGCAGUAUCGCAAGAGAGUCGCUAUGCUCGAACCCAUGCUUGGCUACACAAAGGCACAGAUCAGCUUCUUCAAGAAAGGCAUUGAGUUGGUGUCAAAGAAGAUGGACAACUUUCUUUCCUCUGUGUCCAACAUGACUCAAAAUAUCCAGGCCCAGCUGGACGUAGAAGCAGAGGCCAUGCGUGGGUCCCAGAGGGAGUUUCUGUCUGUGGAGGACACGGUCUACAUGCCAGAUAAGGACACUGAGCCUGUCAAUCGCACACUCAUCCAGAAGGCUGGCUACCUCAACAUUAGGAAUAAAACAGGGCUAGUGACCACAGCCUGGGACAGACUGUACUUCUUCACCCAGGGAGGGAACCUCAUGUGUCAGCCGCGUGGGGCGGUGGCGGGGGGGAUGGUGCUGGACCUGGACAACAGCUCUGUCAUGGCCGUGGAGUGUGAAGACAGACGCUACUGUUUUCAAAUAACCUCCCCCUCAGGCAAAACGUCGAUGAUUCUACAAGCUGAGAGCAAAAGGGAGUAUGAAGAAUGGAUUUGUACUGUGAACAACAUCUCCAGACAGAUCUACCUGACUGACAACCCAGAGGCUGUGGCCAUCCGACUAAACCAGACCGCUAUCCAGGCAGUCACCCCCAUCACCAGCUUUGAGAAGAGACCAGAGGGCUCGCCCAACCCUGACAGAGCGAAGCCAGGAGGAGUACAUGCUGCCAGUGGUGGUUCCCAGAAGACGGGGGCUGCUCCGGAACCAGAAGACCUGAUAGCCCCUGGGACCCCCAUUCAGUUUGACAUCAUGCUGCCGGCCUCUGAGUUUCAGGACCAGAACAGGGCCGGGGGGAGACGCACAAAUCCGUUUGGAGAAACGGACGAUGACUGUUCAACAGAAAGUGACGACUCCCUCCUGCAGCAAGUAUUUGCCGUGCGCUUCCAAGGCUCAAUGGCGGUGCGUUGCGGCAACAAUCAGGAGGUGAUCUACGAGGCCAUGAGGCAGGUGCUGGCUGCCCGAGCCAUCCACAACAUCUUCAGGACCACCGAGUCCCACCUCAUGGUCACCAGCAGUAGCCUCAGGUUGAUCGACCCUCAGACUCAAGUUACAAGAAUAAGUUUCCAGCUCGGAGAAGUGUGUCAGUUUGCGGCGCACCAAGAGAACGGGAGGCUGAUGGGCUUCGUGGUGGAGGGCCGAGACUGGAGUGACGGAGAUGAGGAGGGAGAGCCUUCGUUUAGCACCUUCGUGUUUGAGAGCAACACAGAGGGAGAAAAGAUAUGUUACACCAUAAACUUGGCGAAGGACAUUACAGAAGCCAAGAAGGACCCAGAGGCCCUGGCCCAGCUGAUGAAGAACAUGCCUCUAACUAAUGAUGGCAAAUUCCUGCUGCUGGAGCCAGAGACGGGCGACACGACUAACGGAGCAGAAGAAGACCUGGAGUCUGAAGCCUAGCCCCAGUUA